AUGUCGGAGAACCAGCCCAACGCCAACCACCACCCCGCGGGCAACAACACGGGCGGCGGCGGCGCCAACAACCGCGGCGCCCGCAACCCCAACCUCAACCAGAACCCGCUCAUCAACGUGCGCGACCGCCUCUUCCAUGCCCUCUUCUUCAAGAUGGCAGUGACCUACGCACGCCUCUUCCCGCCCUCCUUCCGCCGCGUCUUCGAGUUCUUCGUGCUGCUCAAGGCUCUCUUUGUGCUCUUCAUCCUGGCUUACAUUCACAUCGCCUUCUCCCGCUCGCCCAUUAACUGCUUGGAGCACGUGCGGGAUAAGUGGCCCCGCGACGGCAUCCUGAGGGUGGAAAUUCAGCGCAACUCGAGCCGAGCCCCCAUCUUCCUGCAGUUCUGUGAUGUGGAGAAGUUUCCAGGAAUGGUGGUUGAGUCCACAGCUGAGGAAGAGGAGGAGGAAGAGGAAGAAAUGACUGUGGAUAUGUUUGAAAACAGCUCUAUCAAGUUUGAGCUGGAUAUUGAGCCCAAGGUGUUCCUCAAACCAUCCCGGAUGAGCAGCACCGAGGCACUGACCCACAACGAAAGCCAGGAGUUCUCAUUUAGUGAAGCAACCACUAAAGGUAUGCAGCCUCUGAGGGAGACUGUGUCCGAAUUUGAGAUGCUAACGAGAGCAGUGUGGCCGCAGGAGGAGUACAUCGUGGAGUACUCCUUGGAGUACGGCUUUCUGCGCCUCUCCCAGAGCACCCGCCAGCGGCUCAGCAUCCCGGUCAUGGUGGUGACUUUGGAUCCCACUAGGGACCAGUGCUUUGGGGACAGAUUCAGCCGCCUGUUGCUGGAUGAGUUCCUGGGUUAUGAUGACAUCCUGAUGUCUAGUGUCAAAGCUUUGGCUGAAAAUGAAGAAAACAAAGGUUUCCUUCGUAAUGUGGUAUCUGGGGAACACUAUCGCUUUGUCAGCAUGUGGAUGGCCAGGACAUCCUACCUUGCAGCCUUUGUCAUCAUGGUCAUAUUUACCCUGUCCGUUUCAAUGCUGCUGCGUUACUCGCACCACCAGAUCUUUGUCUUCAUUGUCGAUCUGUUGCAGAUGCUGGAAAUGAACAUGACCAUUGCAUUCCCUGCAGCGCCCCUGCUCACCGUCAUCCUGGCUUUAGUAGGUAUGGAGGCCAUCAUGUCGGAGUUCUUCAAUGACACCACCACUGCUUUUUACAUCAUCCUUAUUGUGUGGUUGGCUGACCAAUACGAUGCUAUCUGUUGCCACACCAAUACCAGUAAGAGACACUGGCUCAGGUUUUUCUACCUGUAUCACUUUGCCUUCUACGCUUACCACUACCGGUUCAAUGGGCAGUACAGCAGCCUGGCUCUGGUCACCUCGUGGCUCUUCAUCCAGCAUUCGAUGAUCUACUUCUUCCACCACUACGAGCUGCCAGCAAUUCUGCAGCAGAUCAGGAUCCAGGAGAUGCUGCUGCAGAACCAGCAGGUGGGCCAGGGCACGCAGACCACGCUGCAAGACAACCUCAACAACAACACCACGGCGGCGGUGGAGGCGGGCGGCCGCCGGGGCCGCCUGCCCGCCGGGCCCGCCGGGGACAGCGACAGCCCCGCGGCGCUGGCGCCCGGCGACGCCUCCAGCGUCAUCGCGGCCGCCACGGCCGCCUCCGUGGGCAGCGACCUCAACUGGGUGGCCGAGACCGCUGCCAUCGUCACGGAGGCCUCGUUUCUGUCCGACCUGAGCUCCUCCCUCCUGGAGCCCACCGCGGUGCACGAAGCCCUGGCCAACGGGCACCCCCAGGAUGCUGCCGCUGCCUCCGGCCUCGUAGCCCGCAUCAGGGUCAGCAGCGACCACCCCGAGACUGCUGUGGGCUCCAUCACCAUUGAAGUCACUUCAACUUCUGUGCUGGCUGCAGCAGAUGUCCCCCCUGUCCCUGAGGAGACUCCAGCUACGCCCCUUGUCCCAGUGCAGCAGGAAGGGGCCACUGUCCCCAGCCCUUCUCUUGCGGAGCAGACUGAGGCUGCGGAAGGGCCGCCCAGCCAAGCGAAGCCUGGGGACAAGAACUGUGCAGCCCCGAGCAGCGCGGCGGAGCCCCCGGCAGCCCCCGUGCACGAGGCUGCCCUGGACCAGCACGCCGCUCCUGCCCGACGGGAGCGGGGCGACCGCAGCCCGUGCCCAGCACCCACGGGGAGCGCAGCAAGCUCCCAGCCCUGCUCGGAGCUGGACGCGCGGAGCCUCUCUUGAGUCCCUCUCCUCCGCACCUCCGGACUGCCAGGAAGGCGUUUGGAUUUUGUUUGUUAUGAUUUCUCACCUCACCAUCAUCCUUAACCCCUGAAUUCCUCUUAGUGGCGGCAGAGUAGCUGGGACAGAGGAAAGGUGCUGCAGUAAAUUGCCCUGGG